UGCAACUGCAACGAGAAAGGUGUUGUAACGAACGAAUGCAACGAGAAUGGUCAAUGUAACUGCAAGCCGAACUACGUGGGCCAGGCAUGCGACCAGUGCGCCCCAGGCUUCUACAAGUAUCCAGAGUGCUUGCAUUGCAAAUGUGAUACGAGAGGCACGUUAGGAGGAUCGAAUGCAUGCGAUUCCACGACCGGCCAGUGCAAGUGCAAGCCGUUCGUGACCGGAAGGAAGUGUGACCAGUGCGUCGAUGGGACGUUCGCGCUUCAGGACCACAACCCGUUCGGAUGCCAGCGUUAG